AUGAAGCUUUCUUGGAUUACUCUCGUUGCUGCUCAGUUCUCAGCUGUCGUCGCGUUGCCUACCUCAAAUGAUCGCGGCAGCGCUCUUGUCUCUCGAGGCGGACGAGCUGCCGAUGCAGGCGAGACUGGUGCGGAAGCUGAAACAGGUGCUAGUGAGCCCGCGGUCGGUGGCGAAGCCGGAGGGGAGAAUAAAGCGAACGAGGUCGAGCAGCAAGCUCAGUUCGACACACCCAUCGCAGUUGGAGGCAACGACAUCAAGACUGACACACUGUAUCCUCCUGGUGUCAACGGUGUCUUCGAGGUUGAAUUACAAGGCCCUGUGGGGCGCACCUUGACAGUCACUGAGAAUAAAAGCCCAGCUGCUCCGCCCGUUGGGUUUAUUGCUGUUGAACCUGUUUCUUGGAUCAUCUCCCUCGCUGAAGGCACGGGUGGUCUUACGCUUCAGAAAGUAGAUUACAUUCUGAACGCCAACAAUACUCUGGACAUUAGCAAAGGCCAGGCUGCUCGCUUGUGCACCGAAACAAACGCCUUUGUCAUUGGACCUGCCGUCGGCGAGCUGGAGUUCGAGCGAGAAGAAAACGAACUGACUGUCACCGUGGCCAACAUCAACGGAGAAUUCGCCUUCUUCAUCCCGGAUCCCGCCGCAGUCGCAGCUCCGCCAGCGGUACCCGCUCCGCCGGCUGGCACGGCCACACCUGCAGCACCUGCCACUGGAGAAGCACUGAGCGGCCAGGCGCUGAUGGAAGCUAUUCUUGCGCAUCUUUCAGGCCCAUAA